CUUUUCAUCAAAUUCCCCCCACAUAGAAGAAAACAAAGCAACAAACAAAACUCUCUCUCUCUCUCUCCACCUCUCUUUCUGUCUAUUUCUUCUUCAUCAUCGCUCUCAACUCGGCUCUCUCUCUGUCUUCUUCAUCAUCUUCUUCUUCGUCUUCCUCUUUUCUGUAAUUUUCCGUUAAGUUGCUGGUGAUGGGCGUGGGCAGCAGCCGGUGUUCCCACACUUCUCACAUCACCGAGAUUAUCAUCACCAGCUUCUUCCGCCAUAAGCUCUGAAUACAUACCAAUUCCAAUAAUAGGAAUCAGAGCAUCCUCGGGUAAGAAUCAAGCCUGGCCAUGCCUGCUUGAGAAAUCAGCUCAUCUCUUCCCCCCCCCCCCCCCCCCCCCAACUUUUGGAAUUCCGGAGUUAAUUAUGGCGGGUCGGCGGAUGCUCUACGGCGGCGCUGCUGCCGCUGGUGGCGCCAGUAGUUCUAUUUUGUUUCAAGGCCAAAGCGUUCCUUGCUCUUCUGAACCUCUUGAUUCUCUCUUCCUUUCUGGCUCCUCCCCUUCUUUCCAUGGUUCAAGGUCCAUGGUUAGCUUUGAAGAUGUUAGUGGGGGCAAAAGAUUGGAGAGGCCUUUCUUCCACUCAUUUGAUCAAGAAGACAAUUUAGACGAAGAAUUGGAUGAGUACUUGCAUCAUCCUGAAAAGAAGAGGCGGCUGACGCCCGAACAGGUCCAAUAUCUUGAGAGGAGUUUCGAGGUUGAGAACAAACUCGAACCAGAAAGGAAAAUUCAACUCGCAAAGGAUCUUGGUUUGCAGCCUAGGCAGGUUGCCAUAUGGUUCCAAAACCGCAGGGCGAGGUGGAAGACGAAACAGCUCGAGAAGGACUAUGAUGCACUGCAGUCUAGCUACAAAAGCCUCAAGGCGGACUACGAUGGCCUCCUUAAGGAGAAGGAGAAACUAAAAGCCGAGGUUCUUCAUCUCACAGACAAGCUAAUCCUCAAAGAGAAAGAGAGCGGGAACUUGAAAUGGUCAGAUACCACCCGGCAAUCAGAAGCGCCACUGCAAGAACCAAUUGCUGAUUCAGUGUCCGAGUGUGACGUGUCCAAAAAUUCAACCCUGGCUUGCAAGCAGGAAGAUUUUAGCUCAGCCAAGAGCGACGUGCUGGAUUCAGACAGCCCUUGCUAUAUCGAUGAGAUCACUCCUCUAGACAGCCCUUGCUAUAUGGAUGAGAUCACUCCUCUCUUCCAGAGCCCGAGCCCGGUGAUUCAUCCUACAUUUUUGAACCUGACCAGUCAGAUCUAUCUUAAGAGGAGAAUAACUUGAGCAUGAACCUGUAGCAUCCCUCAUCCUACAUAUUCCCAAAGAUCGAAGAAGCGGAUUACCCCAACCCGCCUGCAAAUCCUUGUUUCUUUGGGCUCCCGGUGGACGAUCAAUCCUUCGGGUUUUGGUCUUACUAAAGCGUCUUUCUUGAAGUGUUGUUUCUCCAAGCAUGGUAGAGUAGUAGCUUUAUAAAUAAGCAAUAAAUUCAAGCUUGUCAAGGUUUGAGAUGGUGGGUUUUGCCCCUUAUUGUAAUAUGAUACCUUAAUGGGGCUGUUGUCACUGUAACUUGUUUGUUGUGAGGAUUGUGAAGUAAAAUUUGCAAGGUUUGGCUGGAA